AUGGCCACAUCUCGCGCAAACACAAAAGUCGUCGUCGUUGGUGGAGGAGGUACGAUCGGCUCUUCAACUGCCUUGCAUCUUAUACGAUCUGGCUACACGCCUUCGAAUAUUACGGUCCUUGACACUUAUCCUAUCCCUUCGGCGCAAUCCGCCGGCAAUGACCUUAACAAGAUUAUGGGUAUUCGAUUACGGAAUAAAGUCGACUUACAGCUAAGUUUAGAAGCGAGGGAUAUGUGGAGGAAUGAUGAUUUAUUCAAACCAUUCUUCCACAAUACAGGUCGCCUUGAUUGUGAGGGGACCGAAAAGGGUAUCGCCUCCCUACGGCGACAAUAUCAAGACCUUAUUGAUGCAGGUGCUGGCCUGGAAAAGAGUAACGAAUGGUUAGAUAGCGAGGACGCUAUUUUGGCGAAGAUGCCAUUGUUACAGCGGGAUCAGAUAAAGGGGUGGAAAGCCAUAUUUAGCAAAGAUGGUGGAUGGUUAGCAGCAGGCAAGGCGAUUAAUGCGAUCGGAGAAGAGCUACGAAAACAAGGCGUCAAGUUCGGGUUUGGAGGUGCCGGAUCUUUCAAGAAGCCACUCUUCGUGGACGAUGGAAUUACGUGUAUUGGCGUUGAGACAGUGGAUGGAACGAAGUAUUACGCUGAUAAGGUGGUGCUGGCCGCCGGAGCUUGGAGCCCAACGUUAGUGGACUUGGAUGAUCAAUGUUGCUCUAAGGCAUGGGUGUAUGCCAUGAUACAAUUAUCUCCCAAGGAAGCGGCCGAAUACAAGGAUUCGCCAGUUGUAUAUAAUGGUGAUAUUGGAUUCUUCUUUGAGCCCAACGAGGAUGGGGUGAUCAAGGUCUGCGAUGAAUUUCCAGGCUUCACCCAUUUCAAGCAACACCAACCAUAUGGCGCCGAUAAACCCAAACAUAUUUCCGUCCCUCGAUCUCAUGCAAAACAUCCUACAGAUACAUAUCCCGAUGCAUCGGAAAGGUCCAUACGUAGAGCCAUCUCAACGUUUCUUCCGCAGUUUCAGGAUAAGAAACUCUUCAAUCGGGCGUUAUGUUGGUGCACGGAUACGGCGGAUGCAGCACUUCUUAUCUGUGAACAUCCAAAAUGGAAGAAUUUCAUCCUUGCGACGGGAGAUAGCGGGCACACGUUCAAACUUUUGCCUAUCAUCGGCAAGCAUGUUGUCGAGAUAAUAGAGGGCAAUCUUGCUGAAGAUCUCGCUCAUGCAUGGAGAUGGCGGCCGGGAGGUAAUGCUCUGAAAUCCAGGCGUGCGGCGCCCGCUAAGGAUCUCGCUGACAUGCCUGGCUGGAAUCACGAUGAAAUUCCACCUAGACUGAAGCUAUAAUGGAGCGAGCGAAGGAGCCCCUAGACAUGCGACAUAAUGCCCUAUAAUACCCUAUAAUCGAAGUUGAAAUAUCACUACUUGCAUCCCUAACAUACCUGUUAAUACUUGAAUAUAGUGGUAUAAGAAUGCACCUAGAACUCUCUUCUGCUAUAUUCCCUUAGCGCUGCCAUAUUCACUAGGUAGGUAUAGAGUGAAGAAGAAGAAAAGGAAAAAAA